CACAAAAGAUGCAGCAGUAGUAGUAAGAGGUCAGCACGAACAAACAGACGCAUUACAUUACAUUACAUAGUAAUAGAAAGUUAUUAACAAACCAACCUAAUCUCUCUCUCUCUCUCUCUCUUCAAUGGCCGGAAUCCGCUUGCAACCGGAGGACUCCGACGUCUCCCAACAAUCCCGAGCGCUGGCUCUCUCCGCCGCUGAUCUGGUCUCCGACGACGACCGCUCCGUCGCCGCCGACUCCUGGUCCAUCAAGAGCGAGUAUGGCAGCACUCUCGACGACGACCAGCGCCACGCCGAUGCCGCCGAAGCUCUCUCCAACGUCAACCUCCGACCUCCCUCCGAUUACAGUUCUGACAAGGAUGAACCUGAUUCUGAAGCAGUUUCAUCCAUGCUGGGAUUUCAGAGUUAUUGGGAUUCUGCAUAUGCUGAUGAGCUUACAAAUUUCCGUGAACAUGGUCAUGCUGGUGAAGUCUGGUUUGGAGUUGAUGUGAUGGAAGUAGUUGCGUCAUGGACAAAAUCCUUGUGUGUUGACAUUUCUCAAGAUCGUAUACCAAAUGAUGUUGAUGAUGUUAAGGCUGAAGCUGGUGAACUAGGUGAUAAAUUUUUGUCUAGUUGGAGUGUACUAGAUAUUGGGACUGGCAAUGGUUUACUUCUCCAAGAAUUAGCUAAACAAGGGUUCUCUAAUUUAACUGGGACUGACUAUAGUGAAAGGGCAAUCAGCCUUGCCCAAAGCCUUGCUAAUCGUGAUGGAUUUUCCAACAUCAAAUUUAUGGUCGAUGAUGUCCUCGAGACAAAGUUGGGACAAGAGUUUCAACUUGUUAUGGAUAAAGGAACGCUAGAUGCUAUUGGAUUGCAUCCUGAUGGUCCUGUCAAGAGAAUGAUGUAUUGGGAUUCUGUUUCAAGAUUGGUUGCUCCUGGUGGAAUACUUGUGAUUACGUCUUGUAAUAGUACAAAGGAUGAGUUGGUACAAGAAGUGGAAAGUUUCAACCGACGAAAAAUUGCUAGUGCUCAGGAACUUGAGGAAUCGUGCAGAGAACCCCCAUUUGAAUAUGUAAGUCAUGUCCGCACAUAUCCCACAUUUAUGUUUGGUGGAUCUGUAGGCUCCCGUGUUGCUACCGUGGCAUUCCUUCGGAAAUGAAAAUGCCUGUCAUUAGCUCUUAUGAUUUAGGGUUUGAAGUUGUGGUUGGUGGUAUAGGUAGAUGCAUUUUCCUAACGUGUGUCGAACCGUAAAUAUUUUUUGUGAUUUAUGUUCUGUUACCUCUCCUUUCUUUUGGGUGAAUAGUUGUUAUCAUUCGGAGUUUACAGCCAGUUUCAGCGUGGCAAAAGGUUAUGUUUCUCUGGUUCUUUUCUGACUUUGAUUACAAUGAGGUGGAUGAAACUAUAUAGAAUGAAUCAUUCUAAAUCUUUGUGCAU